UAAAUUAAAGUCCCAAAUAAUGCGUUAGUCAUCUACAGGUGCGCAAUGUAACACGGUGCACAUUUUAGCAACAAGCAGCGAGUAAUUUCUGAAAUAAUAUCGAUAUUGUCCUCGUCUUCUCUCUCCCUCUCUCUCUCUCUCUCUCUCUCUCUCUCUCUUCUUCACAUUUUGGAUCAAUUUAUGCGCGCUCUCCAAUCGGCGCCCAGAUUAACAACAGAAAAGAGGAGUUGAGGAGUGUGUGUUUUUGUCGUUUUAAUUAAUAUUUUCAUCUCUUCUGGGUUUCAUUUUUCCGCGUCUGCUGUCGCUAUUGGAGAAAGAAGAUGGCACUGAGGCGCCUCAUGAAUCAGGUCAGAAGACAGGAGUCUCAGUUGAGGCAGCUGAGCAAUUUGGCUGCUCGACCGUAUCGAGCUUCCCCUUACACUAGGGGAGGAGUGCACAAGCUUUUGAGUCCCUUGGGAACAAGUACCUUAGGAAAGCCGAAUCACUUUGGUAGUUUAGCUCGUAGAUUGCGUGAAUCAGAGAGAUCAAUUGAUGCGGCAUAUCUUAAAGAGCUCUCUCGCCGAAAUGAUCCAGAGGAAGUCGUAAGGCUGUUUGAGAGCCAUCCAUCGCUACAUGCUAAUCCAUCUGCUCUUGCUGAAUAUGUCAAAGCACUUGUUAGGCUUGAUAAACUUGAUGAAAGCGAGCUGUUUAGGGCGUUGCGCAGAGGAGCUACUAACUCAUUGGUGGAUGAAGAAAGUGUUGGAGCUCUUUCGGCUUUCAGAAAUGUAGGGAAAUCUUCAAAAGAUGGGAUUCUUGGUACUGCAAGUGCUCCUAUACAUAUGGUGACUGCUGAAGGAGGACAUUUCAAAGAGCAGAUAUGGCGUACUAUCCGUUCUUUGGGUGUUGUUUUCCUCCUCAUGUCAGGUUUUGGUGCACUCAUUGAGGAUAGAGGAAUUGGUAAAGGACUUGGUUUACAUGAAGAGGUGCGACCCAUUAUGGAAUCUAAUACUAAGUUCAAUGAUGUGAAGGGAGUUGAUGAGGCAAAAGCUGAGUUGGAAGAAAUUGUUCAUUACCUUCGUGAUCCUAAGCGUUUCACACGACUUGGCGGCAAGCUUCCCAAAGGUGUUCUGUUGUAUGGCCCCCCCGGCACGGGGAAAACUAUGUUGGCAAGAGCCAUAGCCGGAGAAGCUGGUGUUCCAUUCUUUUGUUGCAGCGGCAGUGAAUUUGAAGAAAUGUUUGUUGGUGUUGGAGCACGUAGAGUGAGGGAUCUGUUUGCUGCUGCAAAGAAGAGUUCGCCGUGUAUAAUUUUCAUGGAUGAGCUUGAUGCCAUAGGAGGGAGCCGUAAUCCGAAGGAUCAGCAGCACCUGAGGAUGACCUUAAACCAGUUGCUUGUUGAGCUGGAUGGCUUCAAACAGAAUGAAGGGAUUAUUGUGAUCGCUGCUACCAAUUUUCCAGAGUCAUUGGAUAAAGCACUGGUGAGACCCGGAAGAUUUGAUCGCCAUAUUGUCGUUCCAAAUCCUGAUGUUGAAGGGCGGAGGCAGAUUUUGGACUUUUACUUAUCAAAGGUUCUCAAGGGAGACGACGUCGAUCUAAGUAUCAUUGCAAGAGGUACCCCAGGCUUUUCUGGUGCGGAGCUUGCGAACUUGGUGAAUGUCGCUGCUGUGAAGGCUGCGAUGGAUGGUGCCAAAGCAGUGACUAUGGCUUAUCUUGAACAUGCCAAGGAUAAAAUCUUGAUGGGAAGCGAGCGCAAAUCAGCAGUUAUAUCUGAUGAAUCGCGCAAGCUGACAGCGUACCACGAGGGCGGUCACGCCCUCGUAGCCAUACACACAGAUGGAGCAUUACCCGUGCACAAAGCGACUAUUGUUCCACGUGGGAUGGCUCUUGGGAUGGUCUCUCAACUACCCGACAAAGAUGAGACCAGUAUAUCGAGGAAGCAGAUGCUUGCCCGUCUUAAUGUCUGCAUGGGCGGUAGGGUCGCGGAGGAGCUGAUCUUCGGGGAAAGUGAGGUGACCUCGGGCGCAUCAAGCGAUCUCUGGCAAGCAACCAAACUUGCAAGAGCAAUGGUGACCAAGUACGGCAUGAGCAGAGAGGUGGGCGUCGUCACUCACAACUACAACGACAACGGUAGGAGCAUGAGCACCGAGACCCGACUCCUCAUCGAAAAGGAAGUGAAGGAACUCCUCGAAACAGCUUACAACAACGCCAAGACCAUCCUCACGACGCAUGAGAAGGAGCUUCACGCCCUCGCCAACGCCUUGCUCGAAAAGGAGACGCUCUCGGGGGCUCAAAUCAAGGAGCUGCUCGCUCAGAUGAACUCUCAAGAUACGCAGCAACAGCAGCAGGCCAUCGCGGUGCAGAGCAGUCCCCCGUCAAAGCCCUCUCCCCCGUCGCUACCCAAUCCUGCCGCUGCUGCAGCCGCUGCAGCAGCCGCCGCUGCAUCGGCUGCAACGGCCGCAGCCCAAGCAAAAGGCCCCGCCCCGGUGGGGUCUUAACCGGGCCUUCGUGGUCGACCUAGAAGACGUUGGUAAGACGAUGUUGAGUCGGUUCGAUUGUGCAUAUGGUUAAAAUUACACAUCGCUGAAACUUUUGAUUGCUUAGUUGCUGCGGAAGAGACUCCAUUGAUUGAAGAAAUGAUGGGGUAGGUUUGUAGGAGAUGAUGAACUUAGUGUUGUAGCCUCAAAUUAAAUAAUUUUUCAUUUGAAUGUAUUAUACUUGGAUCAUAAACUCGAUUAGAUGGAGUUGGGGGCUGCAUUUCUUGAAUUA